AUGUUUGUUCUAAAAAAAGUGUUGAAAAAAAUAAAUGAAAACACUCAACAUUCUUCUAGUACCAAUACUGAAAAUACUGAAAUCACACAAAAUGGGGAUUCCCAAUCAACAACACCAAAAAAUAGAAAAAAAAAGUCAUCAAGGACUAAUCCAAGAAAACCAAUUAUGAGUAAUGAACAAACACAUAACACAGGUCCAUCAAAUAAUAUAGAUAAUAAAACAGAUAUCUUUUAUAUGUUAAAUAGAUCCAGGAUAGAACAUGCAUAUCAGUUAAUAGACACGUUGGAUCUUAAAAAUAAGGUAAAAAAUGAUUUUAAAGAAUUUAUAUAUUUAUAUCUUACAAACAGAAAUGCAAGAAGACAAUAUGAAUUAUACAGAUCUAUUAAAAGACAUAUUAAAAAAUUCAUAAAUCACCCUCAACUUAGUUCUCUUAUAGAUUUUCAAAAUAUUGAAGAAGAUCUUUAUUAUAAAUAUUACCCUAGUAGACAAAAAUAUAAAGAAACAAUUUUAUAA